UGCCUACGCACACGCAAAUGCACGGUGUUUUGCACUGAAACUACUUAUUAUUUCUACGUUUUGUUUGUCCCACGAAAAGUUAAGUAAUCAGGCUGCAAGCAUGGCCGCCGGCACCACCUCCACAACCACUGCGACUGCCGAAGAUGGGCGGAGUGAAUACACAGAGGAUGGAACUGUGGAUCUUAAAGGAAACCGAGUACUUAGGUCUAAGAGCGGCGGAUGGACUGCCUGUUCCUUCAUUGUUGCGUACGAGAUUUUCGAAAGAAUGGCCUAUUGUGGUAUAUCGGCAAACCUGGUACUGUAUUUAACGCAGAAGUUGCAUCAAGGCACGGUCGUAGCCUCAAAUAAUGUAACAUACUGGAUUGGUACUAUUUGGAUGACUCCUAUAUUGGGUGCAUAUGUUGCUGAUGCUCAUCUUGGCCGUUAUUGGACGUUUUUGAUUGCUUGUGCAAUAUACUUCGUGGGCAUGUGCCUAUUAACACUAGCAGUUUCAGUACCUGGACUAAGACCUCCUCCCUAUAAUGACAUCAAUGAAACAGACUGUCCCAAAGCUACCACACUAGAAUUGGAAGUUUUCUUUACUGCUCUCUACACUUUAGCUAUUGGGACAGGUGGAACAAAGCCUAAUAUCUCGACCAUCGGAGCGGACCAAUUCGAUGAUUUCGACCCAAAGGAGAAAUCCCAAAAACUUUCCUUCUUCAAUUGGUGGAUGUUUAGCAUAUUCUUUGGGAUCCUUUUUGGCAAUACUGUUCUUGUUUACAUUCAGGAUAAUGUGGGUUGGGCCCUGGGAUAUGGUAUUCAAACUGUUGGUCUUGCAAUAGCUAUUACAGUUUUCUUGGUCGGAACUCCCUUCUACCGGCAUAAGAAUCCCAACGGGAGCCCAUUUACGAGAAUGGCCCGUGUUAUAGUAGCUUCUAUUAGGAAAUGGAAGGUAUCCAUUCCUGAAGACCCAAAAGACUUUUAUGAAUUUGAUGUAGAGGAGUACACCAAGAUUGGAAAAUUCAAACUUCAACCCACACCAACCUUAAGGUUUCUAAACAAAGCUUGUGUACAAAUCAACUCAAAGAGUCCAUGGAAGCUAUGCUCAGUCACUGAAGUUGAGGAAACGAAACAAAUGCUGCGAAUGCUACCGAUAUUAAUUACCACAUUCCUUCCAAGUGUUAUGGUUGCUCAAAGCAACACACUGUUCAUCAAGCAAGGCUCCACCCUAGACAAAAGAAUGGGGCAUAUCAAACUUCCCCCUGCCAGUUUAGGUGCAUUUGUGACAAUAGCCAUGCUCGUUUGCAUCAUCCUAUACGAUCAAGUAUUUGUCAAGAUUGUACGAAGGCGGACUAAAAAUCCAAGAGGCAUCACUCUUCUUCAAAGACUCGGGAUUGGUUUUACACUUCAUAUUGUCAUUAUGGUAAUAGCCUCGGUGACCGAAAAGCACCGGCUUAGUGUAGCGCAAAAACACAACCUAGUCGAAAGUGGAGGACAAGUUCCAUUGACCAUAUUUAUUUUGCUUCCCCAGUUUAUACUUAUGGGGGUGGCCGAUGCUUAUUCAGAAGUGGCCAAGAUUGAGUUUUUCUACGAUCAAGCACCAGAGAGCAUGAAAAGUCUGGGAACUUCAUAUUCGAUGACUAGUGUGGGAAUUGGGAACUUCCUCAGCAGUUUUAUUCUUUCAACUGUUUCUCACAUCACUAAGGAGAAUGGUCACAAAGGAUGGAUACAGAAUAACCUUAAUGCCUCUCGACUCGAUCUAUAUUUUGCAUUUCUUGCAGUGCUUAGUUUCUUGAAUAUUAUUGUAUUUUUAAUUGUCUCGAAGUUGUACCGAUACAAGGAUGAAGUCUCCAACUCAAUGGAAGUGCUUAAAGAAGAACUGGGAAGGGCCAAAAAAGAAUCUACGAGAGAAAGAAUGUACAAAGCAAUCAAAAGAUGAUCUGAGGUAUGCCAUUGUACUUUGUUUUCUGGCAACUAAGGUAUUGUAAUUCUAAAACAUUACCUAAUAUGCUUCUAAUUUAUCAAAGGUUGUCGAAACUCACUUGAAGCUGAAGAAAUUCCAUAAUAAUUUGAUUGA